AUGGAUGAAUGUCUCGUUUCCGGCGUUGAUACAGCGGCUAUUCAUCUCAACGAUAUGAACUGUUUCGCUGUCCAAAACGAAACGAAUUUCAUAAUUGAAAGCUCUUGGGCCAACGGCUGCGGCGCUGUGUCUUCGUUCGAAGACGACGUGUUUGUUUUUUCCAAUACUCUUCAUUUUGGAAGAGUAAUUUCAAAUGGAAUCGUUAUUGGUCGAAGUGCUGCCAUAGCUUUCAGCUGUAAAUUUAACAGCAUUGCCUCCGUCGUCAGCAGCUACAAAUCAAACAACGCUCCAUCCUCAGUGACAUUCAGUGCUGGCGAUGAUAACUAUAAUGUGAUUGAUCUUGCGACAACAUUUAAUUUCUAUAAGACAGCAGCUUAUCAAGAAACUGUCGAUUAUAAUACCCAUCAAACUGCUGUUGGAAACACUCUCUAUGCACAGAUAAGUUCCUCCGCAAUGAUUCCUGACACCUCGAUCAUCGUUAAAAAUUGUUCUGUGUCAGAUGAUGCCAUUGCUAGCUCAAGUGUCUCUUUGGUCGAAAACAGUUGCCCGAUCGAGAGCGUUCUAGAUGUCACCUUGAAGGAAUCGAAUGAUUCCGCUGCUCGAAUCGAAUACAAAAGUUUUAUUUUUCCAGAAAGCGCUGAUUCUGCCAGUAUGACAAUUACUUGCGAUGUCCAGUUUUGCAAUUCAAACGACUUUGAUUGCUUGGGUGGAUGCAACGGACCGCGUGAUACGAAUAUGGUUAUUUUGCUACCACAAAUGGCUGAUUCUUAUCGUAUAUCCGGCGAUGGAAAAACAAAAACAUCUGUAACCAUUGACGCACCAACUGAUAAUUAUGCGUUUAAACGCAUGCACGCUAUAAUUAAGGGAGAUCUUUAUAUUUUCGGGGGACCUCUUUCUACCGGUAGUUAUCGCAAGAUUGCUAGGAUGGACGGAUGUUCUAUCACAGAGACAAUUUUUGAAACGUUGAAUGGUUAUACUUACCGAUCUGCGAGUUUAGCGAUCGAUAACGGAGAAAAAGCAUUAAUAUGUUUCCCGGUCGGGAAUGUCAAUGGACAAGAAUGCGAGAUUUUCGAUACAACAAGUUCAACAGCUACUCAUUCCUCGCAAUAUGCUCAUUGGGACGGUCGUCUUGCAUUUUAUAAAGGAAAACCUCUUAGCGUCAGCGGCAGGGAAACAUUGAAUGGAAAAACCACUUAUUUGAAGAUCGAGACGUUUUCAGAAUUGAGCGGAUGGGAAACUCUUUCAGUGAAUUCACCGAGGGAUUUGAUAGCUCCAAGUUUGAUUGGACUGGAAAAUGGGGCCUUGUUUAUGGCUGGUGGAUACGAUCUGACUUUAAUCGCAAUCUCUAAUGAUAUAUGGAUACUAAAAGAUGAAGUUUGGACUCUCUCUUCAUCUGCCUUGAAAAAUCGAAUGCGUUUCGGCUCAGCACUGAAAAUUGGCAAUUUCAUAUAUCUCGCAUAUGGAGAUGACGAAACAAAUCUAAUUUCAGUCGAAAGACUCGUGGUUAUAAACGAUGAAGUAUUUUUGGAUAGAAUCAUCGGAAGUCAAGCAACAAGCACAACUGAUUUUCCAUUCUACCCAAUUAUGUUUGAAGUUACUACUGACAAUUAUUUUUGCGAUCAGCAAAAUUUACCUCCAAUAUCCUGA